AUGGCUAGAAAAAAUAAGAGACUACAGGAGAAUAUCCAGAAAAAAACAGCCGAAAAAAGAAAGCAGGAAGAUGCUUUGUUGCAAGACGGUGGAUUUCAAGAUGUAGGUGAGUUAUCUGCUGUAAUCGAACCGGAGCAUGAGGGGGCCGCCCCAUCCAGGAAGAGAAGACACACUUCCUGGGAGGAUGAGGAACAGGUAUAUGAACUAAAACCUCGGAAAAUUCAGAACAAUGAGGAGAAUAUGGUAGAAGGUUUGCCAAUCAAGAUCAACGGUAUGGUUGCAAGGAAUAUGGUGGAAAGGCAAAUAAGGAAAAAAAAUGCUACCAAGCAAGGUGACGACGUAACAAACGAGUCUACUUCUGAGGAAGAAGAAGAAGAAGAAACCAUAAAUGGCGCCGAAACUAAAGCGGAUGUGGAUGCAGAAGAGAACAAUGAAGAAGAACCAGACACUGAAGAAACAAUUGUCGCCUUAAAGGAGGAAAUUGCUGACCUCGUAGAAAAAAUCAUGGAGAACGCGGAGGAAAAUACAUCGGCUCUCACCAGACUAUGUAAAAUGGCUGACUCUAAGAAUCCAAAUACCUGUAAAUUUUCCAUGCUCUCGUUAGUCACGGUUUUCAGAAGUAUCAUCCCUGGCUACCGGAUCAGACCUUUAUCAGAUACAGAAAAGAAGGAGAAAGUGUCCAAAGAAGUUGCAAGUUUAAGAACAUUUGAACAAAACUUAGUCAUAAAUUACAAGCACUACAUUGGACUACUCACUAAAUUAAGCAAAGUGCCAAAUAACGACGAUCCGCUCAAAGUAUCCCUAGGUGUGCUGGCUAUGCAGGCCACAAACCAUUUGGCAUCAAAUGUAUCGCACUUUAACUUUAGAGGCGAUGUGAUCAAUAUACUUGUCCGUCGUGUCUGUAAACCGAAUCUAAAUGCCGACCCAGCUGCUAUCCCCACUAUCAGGACCAUUGAAACAUUGUUUAACGAUGACGACGAGGGUGCGAUUUCAUUGGAAAUUUUACGGACGAUGUCAAAAGUCGUCAAAGUUCGUAACUUCAAUGUUGAAGAAUCAGUUUUAAAUAUGAUAUUGUCCCUGGAUAUACUCCAUGAUUACGAUCCCAACAGCAAGGCAGAAGAGGAGGAAGCUACAAGAGCGACGAGACUAAAGAAAAAGGAUAGAGUCCACUUAUCGAAGAAACAAAAGAAGGCGCGGAAGGAGAUGAGAGAUAUCGAGGACGAGAUGCAAAAGGCAGAACUGGUGGUUUCUGCAGAAAUGCGGGAGAAAAACCAGGCAGAGAUCUUGAAAAUUGUUUUGACAAUGUACCUGAACAUACUCAAAAGCGGUAACAACAGGCUGGUGGGUUCAGUCCUAGAAGGUCUAUCCAAGUUUGGGAACAUGGCCAGUUUCGAUCUGUUAGGUGACUUUUUGGAAGUAAUGAAGGAAAUUAUAAGCGAUACAGAUCUGGACAAUUUAUCUCCAACAGAAAUAAGAAAGUUCUUGUUAUGCAUUGUGAGUGCGUUUUCCUUGACCUCGAACAAUCAGCAUAUGAAAAUUAACAUGGACUUGUCUACUUUUGUCAAUGCCUUGUACACGUUAUUGCCGUGCUUAGCCUUUGAUGCAGACAUCGAGCUUUCGCAUAAGUCCCUACGGUUGGCUGAUCCAUUGAACGACGAAUAUAUCAAACCUUCAGUAAAUGUCUCCACGACUGCUGAAUUGCUUUUAAAGGCUCUAGAUCACACCUUUUUCAGAAGCAAAUCCGGUACCACCGAAAGAGCUACGGCGUUUACAAAGAGAAUCUAUAUGUGCAUAGAACAUACUCCUGAAAAGACGUCUGUUGCCCUGCUUAAAUUUGUGGACAAACUGAUGAACAGAUAUCCUGAAAUCGGUGGUCUGUACUCUACGGAGGAUAGAAUAGGUAACGGCAAAUUCAACAUGGAAACGGAUGUGCUGACAAGAAGUAACGCCGGUGCAGCUACUCUGUGGGAAAAUGUGUUGCUAUCAAAACACUACUGUCCCGCGGUGGUGAAAGGUGUGACAUCUCUAUCAACGAGAUCCAAGGAAUUCUCCAACUGA